AAAAAAAAAUAGAACCCUGGAAGAGCCAACGAGGGUUUUGGUGCUUCACUUUCACAUUGUAUUCUGAAAACUAGAUUUGGAUAUCGUCAACGUAUAGAUCGAUUACUCUAUCGGAGAAAUGCAAUCGAUUCGUAGCACUACAAGGUUGUUGCUUCAGAGGCACCGUGUCUCCAUAUCCAACACACUUCGUUUCACUUCUUCUUCAUCUUCUUCUUGUGGAAGCUGGUCUGAGAAUGAAUCGAGGAGGCUGGGGGUUGAUUCUUUCAGUUCUACCAGAGCUUUUGAUUCAGCUGCGACAUAUCGUAUUAGCUCGUUGAAGAAUGCUGCUUUUUGCUCUGCGGUAGUACCUAAACAAAACUUGAUGUAUUCAUCGAGGUGCUUUUCCACCGUUGGAGAUUCUGUAAAGACUACUUCUCAAGUAUCCCCUGAGGAGUUAGCUUCUGAUGUUCCUCAGAGAAUCAAGUUUAAGCGCCUUGAUAAAACCGCCAAGCAUAUAAUGCAGAUUGUCGACAAGGAGGCAGUUGAGGAAGUGAGAACUCAGAGGGAGAUACCAAGGAUUGAGCCUGGUUACCUUGUGCAGCUAAAAGUGGAAGUGCCUGAGAACAAGAGGCGUGUAUCAAUUGUAAAAGGCAUCGUCAUAGCAAAGCGUAAUGCUGGUCUUAACUCAACAUUUAGGAUAAGAAGGCUAGUGGCUGGAGUGGGCGUUGAAUCCAUGUUCCCCUUGUAUUCCCCAAAUCUGAGGGAGAUAAAGGUGUUGGAGAAGAAGAAAGUAAGAAGAGCCAAGCUUUAUUACCUGAGGGAGAAGACGAAUGCUCUCAAAAAGCAUUAGCACACACCUUCAUAACAAAAGCAGUAUUAAUCCUGCUCUGAACAAAUAAAAUGUCAUUGAGGGUUUUUAGUUACACACUCCUCCCCUAAGAAGGAGACAUUUUGGAUAUUGUAUUUGUGUAAUGGUGGGUCCCUUCAUAUCCUCUUCAUAAGUUGUUUGUUGGCUUCUUAUGAGUUUUGUUAGCACUUAACAGCAUAUCAGUUUAGUUAUAAAAAAAAAGGUUUAUCAGACGUUUUCUUGUUAAAACAGUUUAAUAAAUCGGUGUAUACUGUAAAAUUUGUUAAACCCUAAUUUGGUUUAGUUUGUGUAAUCAAAUAAUUAAAUUAUCUUAAAACAAAAUAUAAGGGAUAAAAGAACCCGACCCGACCCGACUGUCUACGCUUGCCACGCCGCCCCUAUUUCUCUCGAUUAGUUUCUCUCUCCAAGAGCCAAGCUGCUUCUUCUUCUUCUUCUUCUUCGUGUGGUUUCGCUUCUUACUAUUGCAUCGAAAUGCCUAAGAAGAUGAGGAAGAGUAAUAGCACUACCAUGAAGAAGCCAUCACAAGGAGAAGCAAAACCUGUGGUACAACAAGCCAAACGAGUUCUGAAACCUGGUAAAUUUGGGAAAGAGAUUGAAGACAUCUUUGCUGCGAGAAUCAAGUUGAGGCCAAGGGUUCAAAUACCCGAGACGAACGAGACCAAAGCAGAGAUUGCAAAGAAGAAGAGGAAGAGGGACAGGUUGGAGCGUAAAAACAACCCGGGAAGCGAACCCAGGAGGAGGCAGAGAAUGGAGAGGACGGAGGUUGAUAACUACCCGGAAAGCGAAGUCAGGAGGCAGACAACAGAGCUUGAUAACAACCCGGAAGAGAAGACAAAGAAGAAGAAGAGAAGCGGACCCAGGAAGAUAACUACAGACGGACUCAAAGUGUUCAGGGAAGAUGAAAUUGGUUUCAACAAGGCCAAAUCUGGUGGCACUCGUCUCUGUCCUUUUGACUGUAAUUGUUGCUUCUAGAUCUCCUCCUUGUACCAUGUUUUUUUUGAAGCUUUUGUUUUAUUGGUGCCCAAGUAGAUUAAAAACUCGGUCUGGUUGUAAUGGAUGAAUGAUCUCAGUUAUCAAGAUUUGUUGUUACUGUUGAA